GUGACACAGCUCAAUCCUUGUGGGAGCGCUACCAUGCAGGGGAGGAGACUUUUGAACUCCUUGCGCUGCAAAGAGUUGCCUCGGGCGUUACCUGGCGCAGCUCAUUCCAGGAGUUUUUCGAGCUACGGAGGGAGCGGCAACAGGGCAGCUGUACCUGGGUGGAACCCUGGACAGGCUGCGGAGGAGUCGUGCGGGCCAACGACGAUCGCCGAAGAGCAGGAGCUUCCGUGCGGUGCAUCUUGGGUGCCGUGGAGGCUGAGGUGGAAUGGAUCCCUGCAGCCAUGUCGGCUUUGCUGGAUCCCUACAUUCACAUCUUGCGAGGAAUGCAGACGUGGAGGCGACUUCUGCCCUUUCUGCGGCUCUUCCGACGACGAGCAAUGAGUCGGUCCUGUCUGGGGAUGUCGAGGGGGUGGUCCAGGGAGGCUAUAAGGCAACACUUCGGGCUAGCUGAUGACAGUGACCUCGCCUAUGCCUUUGAGAACUAUCAGGACGCCAUGUCGGCAGGAGGGCAUGCUCUGGCGGCGCAAUGGGCCUCAGCCCGGUCCAAAGCUGAUGAGGGGCUGCUGGCGGCUGGAGCAAGGGCAGUCGAAGACAGUGGCGCAGGUUCAGCGAGAGACCGAGUCCCUAAACCGACAGUGAAGCCGAUGAUCCAAAGGAGACAGGGAGUGACCCUGUCUACCAACCGGUACGGACCUGAUGCAGUGGUGCAGAGGGUUGAGUCCCUUGCGCAGUGUUUCGAAGAAAUGUCUGUGCAGCGGCCGGCCCACAAGGUGACUGAGGCACGGCUGGAGGAGUGGAGGAAGCAGUUGCGGCGCCUGUCACAACAGAAAGUCACUCAAGCCGACAGUCAGACAAUCAUCAAUGCCAUCCGUACCAUGGGAUGGAAUCUCACCAACAUCCAGAUUCCGGUGGCACCCAAUGUGCGGACUCGGAAGCGGCAGCAGGCAGUGGUGGCCGAACCGGGCAUGAUCCCCUUCUUGGAGGCAGGCAUCAUCACUGCGGCCGAGCACAACAACCCAGAAUGGAUGGCCCUGUUAGCCAACUGGUUAUGUGCUGUCGGAUGUUUGCGGCACCGACACAUCACCAAGAGUUCCCCCAAGCGUCUGUCAGCCUCAACUAUCCAUGCCUGGUGUUCGCAGGGAAAGCAGGCACACUCCAGGAAUGGGUUUACCUGGUCAGCUCCUGCCGAGUUCACCAAUGGUUUUCCGUGGGCUCAGAGAGUGAUUGAUGCCAUCAAAGAGUUACCUGAGGGGAAGCAGCAGACCUGUGGCAUGGCCUUCGACGCGGAAGGGAUCCCCUAUCCUAUUUCGGAGGUCCAGAAGAAGGAGGCGAUGUCAACACGGAUGAAACACAUGGCCUACGCCAUCAUGGCCAACCUGACCACGUUUGAGUCUUGGGAAGUGAUCCCAAUGGACGAUCUGCAUGCUGCAGUGGUGAAGGCGGAGGCGACGGUCGCCAAGAAGAUCAACCAGGACGUGGUCACCAAAUGGCAGGCGAAGGCAUCGCCAACCUCAGUGAAGAGGUCAUUGAGGUCAUUCAACUUUGUCCAGCAAGCCCUGGAGCAGAGGGACAAGGCCAAAGAAGAGGCCGCCAGGGCGGGCCGACCGGCAAUGCCCCCUUCCAUCAGGGGGAAACUGCUCACCAAGUUCCUGAGGAACGGGACCCCAUUGUGCGCCCUCUUUCAGUCAGGGAAGUGUGAGGAGGAGCAGUGCCCGGAAGCCCACGUUUGUGCUGUCGUAUCCAGAACUGGACGGGCAUGCGGCGGUAAACAUGGUGCCCAUGUUUGCUGGACGAAGAAGGCUCGAUUGGCGGAGAGUACCGUCACAUCGCCGGUGUUACCGCAUCCUUCCAACCAGGAGGAGGCAACGGUACAAGCAGUGCCAGGCUUCACAUCAUCGAGCUCAUCGGAAAGCAUAGUUCCUUUGGCCAAGAGGGCAAGGAGAGGGCAAGAAGCGCCGGUAACCCCACCAAAGGCCGGUGCGCCGGUGACGCCGCCGAAAGCGCCUGCGGUGGCUCCUGCCCAGGUUAAAACAGCACCGAAGCUACAGCCGCAACCAAAGGCCAAGCGGACAGCAGCGGCAAGUGGGGCAUCCACUCCCAAGCAACCGCCGGUGGCGAAGGCAUCGUCAUCCAGGCCAGCGCUUGAGGUCCACGAGUCAGGGAUGGUGAUUGAGAGGCCAGCGCACAUCCCGGCGGACAAGGACUUCGUGCUGCCUCCUAUGCCGUCAACCCUGAAUCCACCCCAAGAAGAAGUUAUGUGGGAUCGCCUUGCAACGAUCAAGGGGAAGUACGCUCAAGCCCCGACCAAGAUCCUGGAGAUGAGUUCAGGGGGCCAGUUGUGGUUGGCAGGGCUCCCAACGGCGGCCAACAAACAUAGGUUCCCACCAGCCACUCUGCAGAUCGCAUGCUUCACCGAGAGGCCCGAGGAGCGGAACGGGGUGGUGCUGCCCAACGCGCUGCUGAGGCGAUUCCCUGUGGGCGUGGCAGCAGAGCGUUCAGAAGCUUGGAAGGAACUAUGGCCGCUGGUUCUACAGUCCUUGUACUGUGGCGAAGUCAUCGUCACACAUUGCAUUGCGGGCCGCCACCGAGCCGGAGGAGCAACAGCGCUGAUCAGGGCUGUGAUGAUGGGUGAAACUUUCGAGGAGGCCUCGGACUGGAUAGCCCAGAGAAGAGACACCGAUGUGCCUGGCUUCUGCAGAGACCGAGAAGCCGCCAAGUGGCUGCAGGAAGCAGCGAGGAACACAAAGCGGAGGGACCGCUGGCCACGCCCAUCGGGAUAUCUGGCAACUCCGAGGAGCGCACUCCACUUGCAGGGCUUCAAGCAGGUGAUGGCGAUGAGGCAGUGGCUUGGGAUCGACCGUGGUGCAGAGCUUGCUUGGCCCGCGCCCCAGCAUCAUGGCUUCCACGCGACGCAGGUUCUGAGUAAGUGUAGCAGAGCAGGGCAAGUGAAGCCACCUGAAAUCAGGGAGGCAUCACAGGAGGAACUCUGUGAGGCUGACGUUUUGGCAGGUUUGGUGUUUGAAGCCACGAGCCCUAAUGCAUCAGCCCCACACCCACGGGCGGCUGGCAUACCACCCCGGAGAGUUGUGCGGGGGCCCAAGCGAGGGAGUUUGGCCCUGGCCGCCUUGCAAGCACCGACACUGGCUGGCUCUUCGGUGGUUAGGUGGACGCAAGAUUCCAACCGGCUCUUGUUCGAUGGCACAACCAUUGAAGCUGUAACAGCUGAGCAUGGCCAGAUUGAUUGGGACAAGGUUUGUCUUUGGGUGCUGGCAGCAGACACGGCGCCUCCUGCUGACUUGGUGGCCCAGCCGCCCCCGGGUAAUUUGCCAAUCAUGCCUCGCCGGCAGCAGCUGCAGCAGCAGCAGCAGCGUCGCCUGGACGCUUCACCGCUGUCACCGGUGGAUGAAACCUUGCAAAACCUUCUGCAAUGUUUGGCUAGCAGCGCUUCGAGGGAACUGGGAGAACAGCUCGUCGAGAAAUUGAAAUUUCAAUUGAAAGUGACCUCCGGGCAAACUGCCAGAGAGAAAGGGGGGAUUCAGUAUGAUCCUAUGUACGUUUUGGAUAGCGUGUUGCUGGCAGACAACCUCAAGGCUUUGGGUGGCAUAGGUGAAGAAGACCUUUUGGCAGAUGUUGUGAGGUCCAUGAGUCUGGUUCUGCACCCUGACAUGGCUGCUCAUGUCAGCAGUCAGCCCAUCAGAAUUCCUCGGAAAUCAAUGCUUUAUGAAUUUCGAUUGAACAUCGACUAUGUUUCAAUGCUCUGGGCACGCCAGUUUCUGUUCAAUGCCCAUGAUGAUUUUCGAACGCACUUGUUUGAGCAUGUGGACAUCCAGCAGCGGUUGAUGCCCAUGCAAGUUCUUGGAAAGCAAGCCACAACCACAACUUUCAAGGCAAAGGCUGCGUUACGCAUGCUGGCUUUGGAAUCCGAGGUGGAUGAUGCCAGGCUGAGAGUUCGCUCCCUACUUUCGGAUAUGGGAGUCGAGUCCGGACUCUGGUCGCUACCAAAUAUUGUGGGUGGCUUCAGUUCUGAGCGGUGUUUCCCCUUUUCGAUGCCGCUGGGGGACAUCGACCAUAUGGUCCAUCAUGUGAUGCUUGACGGCGAAGAGGGUUUCGCACUGGAUUGCGACCUCUGGGCUUCCUUCAACAACCAGAUCAAAGCAAUAUCGAAAUUCUUUUCGAAAAAGGUCCUACAAGCCUGGGGAUUUGAAGUUCAUUCCUUUAUGCACGGAUGCCCUUGCCCUGCUCAUCAAGGGCUUACGCCACAUGAAAAGAAGCGUGCUUUGAACAACAAACCUUGCCCCAUGAAUGGGCGGCGAGUGAUCGAACUUGCAGCUGGGAAGUGCGAUGAACUUUUGUCGCAUUUGAAGCAACUGAUGCCACAAAGGCAUCCCAAGGCCUCAUCCGCUUUGGCAGAGCUAGAGAGAUUGGACAAAGAUUCGGCUCAAGCGGUGGCCAGGAGCUUUGCAGCUGCCAAGUCUGCAAUGCUGUUUCGGUUUGAGCAGGGUACUUCCUUCUAUUCUCAAUUUCCUUGGAGCAUGCCAAAGCUUGUGAGAUACAUUCUCGUGCCUGCAGAAUCCCGAAACCAAGCGGUCCAUGAAAGCCGUGAAUUUGCAAGACAGCUGCUGGAACUGCAUCGCAGUGACAGGUUGGACAAAACUACAUUUGCUGCAAUGUUUUUCGAACCACCGCUCAUGGACUCUUUGACUGCCUGGGCCAGCGACCAGUCUGACACCAUGGACCAAGGACUUUUCAAAGAGUUGCUUUACUAUGAAUUGAGUUUGGUAGCCAUGCAGCGUUUAGAAGCGAAACAUCAUUUGGUCCAUCAAAAAGCUGGUUUGGCCAGGGCAGGUACUUCUGCGUACCAUUCUGCCAAUCUCCGGCGACGAUUGAACGGUGAUGUUCACCAGGUUUCUUUCCGAGAGCAUUUCACAAGGUUUCUGGGGAAGUUCAGUGAGCUGGUGCCGGAGCCAUGGACUUCGAAGUGUGAGCUUGCCAGGCUUGUUGCCGGUCACCAUCUUAGCAUCAUGUUCAACGACACAUCGUUUGAAGAUGCGCUGGUUGCAGCAGCGGCCCCCUCGUCCAGAACUAGAGUAGAGAAUGCACUUAUAUUCCAGGAGCAUGUGAAGGCCAACUUGAAACCAGGGCACCAUUAUGCUGUUCCUACCAGGGUAUCCCCUUGCGGAAGCACAACGUAUUGCAUUUUCCAAGUGGUUGACCCAAAGCCUGCAGGCAAGAAAUAUAUGCAAAGAACAGUUGGGUGGUCACAAGAUAUUUGGCAUGAUCAUGUCGGCGUGCUCUUGUUGGGCACACAUGAAGUGCCCCAGGGUUCAGGUUUGAUCGACCUUGACUUGGAGGAAGAGCCCGCACCUCUGUGUGAUGAUUUUUGCUUCAUUGCCAGCGCCAGUGAUGUUGAUGCGUUCCCCCUCUGUGCGUUUUUCAAGUACAACUUUGACAACAUUUAUGAGUUGACGAAUGUCGUACAUACUUGCGAAGUGUCCAUGGAUGCGAUCACAGCUGUCAUGGCAGAAGAGUCGUCGCAAGAUAUCAUCGACUCACAUGUUUUGCACGCCAUUGAGGUGGUUGGACGGAAAGCCGCGGCGUGCGGCAGCAAACCUAUGUCUUUUGGGAAGAAUUUUCGGCCGGCUGUUGAUUGGCUGGUGUCUCACGACUUUGCAUCCAGAACUUCUGAGAAUAAGAUGGUAUUGCUCAGUUCAUGUCUGGAGUCCAGGGCCACUUUGUCUAGACCAAAACUCAUAGAACUUCCAGAUGACAAUGCUGCUGCUGCCAACACAAUGUUUGGUUACAGGAAGAAGAUGCUGAUUUUGGGCUGGGUACCUUCUGAGAGUGGGGCUGAAACCAUCCCCAAGAAUUUCACUGCAGAAGGCUACCGCUGCCUAUCGCUUUUUCUUGCUGAAGGCGGUCGUGAGUUGCCAGACGCUGAGGUGGAGGACGUCAUGGAAGAAAACCAUUUUUUUGGGGGAGUGUGGCUGGAUGAGGUGGCCAAUGAAAACGUGGCGGGCGACGUGAACGUUCUUGUUGUUGAAAGCGAGUGUUUUCCUCAGAUGUUUCGAAAUGGCGGCGGGCCAGAAGUGGAACAACCCAUUCCAGAACCAGAAGGCGCGCGGCAGCCACUACCAGAGUUACCAGAUAUCCGUCCCCGGGUGAACAAUGAGGGUCACCGCAAGGUGAUCCGAUUCGUAUUGCCUGUUUUGCGAGUGCAUGGCAAUUUGUUUCUCACAAACAUGCUGCGUCACCAGCUGUGGCUCAGCAAGGACCAAGGAAAGCGACGGAAGCCUUUGGUACGCAAGGCUGCUUCAUCCGUGAAAGACACCUUUGCGAAACGCCCUGUUGACAAGUUUCCGUCAGUGAAACGUCCUGCAGCACGGGGAGAGGUGGUGCGCGCAAAGGGGACGGAUGAUGUCAAAUUCCCAGAUCAAGAUGAUAUCUUGGAACUCUCUGUCACAGGAGAUUCCUCGUUGUUUGCAUGGGCAAAGCAUUUCACAUCGAUGUCAGGCAUCAAGCCUCUGUGGUCAAAGGUUCAGACUUUCACCGAAUUCUCGGGCAGUGGUUGUGCAGAGGCCGCUCCUCCCGGGCAGUCCUUAGACAGAGGCACGAGUUACAACCCUGCAGGUGUAUGCCUAUUGGAUCCCAGAGAGGUGGCAAACUUUCCAAUCGCGCGUCAGCGCAAGUAUGUUUUGAUGUUGAAGAAAGGUUUGGAAUUGACACGACCCUUGGACAACAUUGUGCAAACCUUGAGCAUGAACAUGUCAAAGCAAAGCUUGAACCGGUACAGAGAACUUUUUCCAGGAAUGACCUUGUGCGACCUUUACCAGAACCCAGACACACGGCCUAGGUGUAUGGACUGUGGCGACCUGGUACCGGCAGCAGACACACGUAAGUAUGGCAACCAGGUGAAGUGCUGUGAGUGUCACAGUUCUUACAGGUUCUGUCGUGACAACGUAGGGAAUUGGAACAAACUGACAGCGGGAGAGAAGUCAGAGUACAUCAAGAACAACAAAGGGCAAGGCGGCAGGGGCAAGAAACGUGAGCUGAUCACGAACACCGCUGUCAGUGUCACCGAUUACAAAGACCAGCACAACCAAUCGGCGUACCUGAACGAGAUCAGGUUCAAGAAGAAAGGGAAGAAAUGGUACAAUUGGUCAGACGCUGAAAGUCAAAAGCAGUGGGAUGAUGCAGUCCGAGAUCCCAAAGUCCCUCGCUGUUAUGACGCGUUCGGAAACUUGUGUUUGGCGAAGCUUGACACUAGAGUGCUUGCCCAAGGAGCCCAGGUGGGCACAUCGAGGGAAGUCAGGGAAGGUCUGUUUGAGUCCAGAUUCGAUGCUCAAGUGGGAGCCGGAGAUUUGCUAAGCUUGAACUUCAUGAACACCAGGCCCAUGCUGCAGGAAUCUCAGGGCGCGCCGUCUGCUGCAGCUGCUAAGAAACGCAAACCGUCGGCUGCUCCCAGCAAGAUUCAGAAGAAUCAGAAGCCAGAGAAACCUUCAGCAGACCAAGAGAAUCAGCCAAAGAAGCCUAAAAAGGCAGCCGCAGACGCAGAGUUGGAAGCAUUGGAAAUCAAACGGAAGGCCCUUGUCAUGAAGAACAGGUGGGUUGAGAAGCUUCAAGAACUGAUUGCUGAAGUCUCCCUCAGCACUAAGAGGGCGGAGGAAUUUUCGGACUGUGAUGAGCUCGCUCAAGUGGUGAUUGCUCGCUUGGAGAAGCUGCUGGCAUUGGGGCCUGAAAGCCUCAACCCUCCUCCGGAUUCUGUCCUUGGCAAAUUUGACCGGCAAACCGCUGUUGGAAAGCUGAGCCCGACAAGUGGCAAGAAAAGGACCGCAAUUCUUGCAAACCCUACGAAGCAAGCUUUGGCUGACUACGAGAAGAUCAUGGCUUCUUGUGAGCAAUCGCUCAAGAAGGCCCUUGCUCAGUUGGACAAGACGACAGAUGCGUUGCAGACUGCGAAGGAAGAAGCGGAGGCUCACGCGCAGAGGCUUGAGCAGUUGAAGCGCAAAAAGCUUGAAGAGUUUGAGGCUUGCCGGGCAGACGCCCGACAGAAGGGUGCCGCAGCAGCGGAACAGCAGGCGCAGGCUGAGCGUGAAAGUGAUGCCAGCGAUGCCAGUUGCCAGGACGAGGAUUCUGGCGGUGCGGGCUCAAGUCAUGACGGAGAUGGGGAGCGAGAUGACGUUGUGGUCCUUCUCACUGAUGCUGUGGCAUUGCUGCGGCCAUGCUGCGCAUCAGGCUGGUGUUUCCUGAAUGCGCACUCCCUUGUGCUCAUCAAGUUCGAGCCGGGCAUGUUCAAUUUGCGAGACCUUGCAGGUAAAUUUGAUGACCUGCCCUCAUCUUUCUUUGCAGAGGCGGGGGCAAAGCAGAAGAAGUCCAAGCAUUUCUUUGAGCGCAAGGACUUCCCUGCGCAGCUUCAGGAGUGCUUUGCAAAUUUGAUGGAAGGCAUAACCGCCUUGCUGCCGCAGCUGCAAGUUGUCGGGGAGUUUUGGACUUGGACUGGAGUCACCGAUUAUAUGUGGGGACGCUUCAUCUCGGUCCUCAAAGGUGGCAUCUUUCUUGUGUGCAUUCCGUUCAAGUUCUUCAAGGAACAGAUUGUUCAGUGGAAGUGGUCGAUGCAACAGUGUGCUGCGUACCUAUCUACCAUGACGCUGAGCGAUGUUGAGUCAGCACACGGAAAGGGCUUGCUACCAGAAGGUUUUGCUCCUUCAGAUCUGGAUGAUGCAACCAGAUCACCUGGCUGCCAAUUCCUGGUGCAAGUGGGGCUGUGGACGAGCUCCUUUUUCGAAGGCCACGUGGAUAGUCUUCGUGACACUCUGUCACUUGCGCAGACAGCUUGUCAAGGCAGCGCCCUUUUUGACCAUAUGCGCCCGUUCUUUGUGGAUGGAGUCACAUACUUGGAUUUGGUCAUGAAGGGGAAAGUCAAGUCAGAGGUGCACAGCCCCAAGCCCAGACAGGCCGCCAAGCGACCUCUGCCUCUGAAAGAUAUCCAGCUCCAGCUCAACUUCGACCAUCCGCCAGCAGCAGCCGACCUGGACUUGACUGAUUGGUUUGUUCGUGAGGACGUGAAGCCUUUGGAGGAGGAACUUGAGCGGGCAAGACAGCACCCGCUGUUUGAGCUUUUCUUCGUGGAGGCGAAGGCGAGGAUUGCAGCAGAUGGUGAUGAUGAGGAUUGGUGUUUCGGGGACUUCAAUGGUUGCCCUGAUGGAGAUUUGGAAGAUUUUCUUGAAUUCCUGCGUCGCCAACAUGGUAUUUCGGAAGCCCCGGCAGAGCUUGGUCAGCCACCCAUUGAGGCCGCUCCAAAGCCUGCAGACGAGGCACCACCCUCAGCAGACGCAGACCCUGGUCAGCCACCCUUUGAGGCCGCUCCAAAGCCUGCAGACGAGGCACCACCCGCAGCAGAGGCAGACCCUGGUCAGCCACCCUUUGAGGCCGCCCCAAAGCCUGCAGACGAGGCACCACCCGCAGCAGAGGCAGAGCCUGGUCAGCCACCCUUUGAGGCCGCUCCAAAGCUUGCAGACGAGGCACCGCUUGGUCAGCCACCAGAAGCCGCUCAGCAAGUGGCACCCUGUGAGGCAGAUGCGCCACAAGGCGUUCCACCUGGUGAAGCGCCCGCGCCAGUCGUUACACCUGAUGUGGCGAAUCAGGGCGGCAUUGAGGGUGCAACCGCUCUGGACUACACUGUUCGCCCGAGGGGCGUUGAUGUUCUCCGCAGGCAUUUCAAGAAAGCAGGAGCCAGCACGUUUGAGGUGGAACGGGCCCGGGCGUUGGAUCACCCACUGUUCUCUGAGUUCUGGAAAACCAAGAAAGCUGAAGGCCGUGAGAUUGCAACCUGGGCGUGUGCCACGCAGGAAGAAGUCAAACGAUUCCAGGAUCUCCGGGGUUUCUUGGUGUGGCUGCACGACAAGUCGGGCAAGUCUCAAACUGAAGGCCCAGACGCAGUUGUAGCUGCGCGCUUGCGCGGGGAAGAUUUGGAAGGGUUGUGCAAAGCAAGUGCAGAUCAGGCCGCAGCAGAUGCUGGGGCAGUGCCACCCAACCAAGACUUUGAGGAGACAGUUGCAGAAGCAGCUUCUGCGGCCGAUGUGGAAAAAGAAUUUGAGAACAAGCGCGUGCCAUCAGCCCCAUCAUCGGCAUCUGCGUCCACGGCACCCACGGCUACUCCCUCUGCUGAGCCUAAGCCGCAGCCCGCCAAGCGUCGCAGGAUGAAGGCCAAGGAGUGA